AUGGCGCCCGGGCGUGGACUGGGGAUAUCGAUCGCGAUCCCGAUCGACGACGUCGAGUGCGCGAGCGUCGCGCGCGCGAUCGCGGGCGCGUCGCUCGAGGUGGAAUUCCUCGUCGACGACCCCCGCGCGUCCACCGUGGUGGCGUCGACGAGGCGAUUGAUGACGCUCGCGCGCGCGGCGAGCGUGCGGUGGAGCGAACUCCGCGGGCGAACGAUCGAGGACGUCGCGCUUGAGAUUCGAGCGGGAGACGCGCGCUUCGAGCGGUGGACGCGAGACGCCGAGGCGGUGGAACAGGCGUCGACGGCGGAACAGGCGGCGAUCGGAUUGGCGCUGCGAACGCUCGCGGAUGCGAUCGCGGGCGCGGUGGGUGAUGGAGACGCCGUGCGAACGUUCACGCGAGCGAGGGAGGUGGUGCGGGCGUGGGCGUGGGCGGUGUCGGAGACGGUGCGUGGGAAGGGCGCGACGGAACGCGGCGCGAGACGCGACGACGCGUGCGAAGACAUGUUCACGUGGGCGGUCGCGAGAGGAGGGACGUUUAAGUGUGCGCCGUGCGCGUGUGAGGUCGGUUCGAGCGUCAUGCGUGAGGUGCGCGCGGUGGAGAGGGUGGAGGCGGGAGAGUGCGUCGCGCGCGUUCCGUGGGACGCGCUACUGGGCGUCGAACAAACGGUGGAGACGUCUUCGCCGUCGCCGACGAGUGAGAUUUUGAAACAGCUCACGCGAAUGGGUGAUCAGAUAAUCAUGGUGAUUUGGCUCACCGCGGCGCUCGAUGCGUUCGAAUGCGGAGACGCGAGCGCGUACGAGGAGUGGGCGCCGGCGCUUCGAGCGCUUCCGACGCGCGCGUCGAGCUCGCUGGCGUGGAACGCCGAUGAUCUCGGUGCGGUCGCGGGCGAAGACCUGGCGAAUCGAUUGCGCGAGUAUCGACGUAGUGUUAAAGUUCAGUACGACGCGUUGUUUCCCGCGCUGUGCGAGCAGGUUCCGGAGGCUUUUCCCGCGCGCGCGUUUGGAGACUAUGCGAAAUUUGAGCGCGCGUACGAUAUUUGGACCUCGUACGCGAUGAAGGUGCAGGAUCCAGAUUCGCUACAGAUUCGAGAGGUGAUCGUUCCAGGGGUUUUUCUGUGUAAUCACUCACUGAGCGCGCACUCCGUGAGGUACACGUCGCUCGAGCGCGGGACGAAAGCGUUUCGUUUGGAGCUCUCGCGCGGAUGUGUCGAGGGAGAAGCGAUUACAAUCUCUUACGGCCGUCUAGAUAACGCCGAUCUGUUGAUGUUCUACGGAUUCUCGUUGGAGAACAAUCCGUACGAUAGAGUGUCCCUGCACUCGAUCACCGGUGACGCUAAUGAGACGCAACUUGAAGCGCUGAGACACGCGUCGAACGCGUGCGAGCACGAUCUCACUCGGCUUCCGGUGUGUUUAGCCCGCGACGGUUCUCUCGAUCGAGUUCUCGCUCAAAUCAGAAUUCUUUACGCCCCGCAGCAGUUCAUGCAGUGGUGCGAGUUGGAUGAGUAUCACCCGUUCGUCGUCGUAGACUUUGAGCUCGAGCACGAAAUUCUCCAACGUCUCGUCGAGCGUCUGCGGGCGAUGCGCGACGAAAUUCACACGUGCGAUGAUAUCAACACACCCGAUCUGACGCAAGUGGCGAGUGCGAGCUACUGGUAUCGACACGAACAGAUGCGGAUCAUGGAGAGCGCCAUCACGCGCAUGGAAUCCCUACUGCAUGAGUACGCGACGCGAGUGCGCAAGAGGAAUCGGAAUCAACAUUAA